ACCGAGAGCUUAGAAGUUCAUAGCAGUAAUGGCAGGCACUCUCUUUCGUCUAUUUCUGAUAUUUUUGGGGCUCUCUCAUCUUCUAUGCUCGAAAGCAGUCCCAAUCACAAGAACUGAAAACCUUAUGCAAGUUCCGAAGGUUCAUCUUGUUCCAGAAAAUAAGCAAGAGGUCUUUGUUAAGGAAAACCAGAGGAAGGAGGAGUCAGGUGUACGCGAGAGGAUGGACUUGGAACUUCAUGACUACUCACCAUAUGGACCUAAUCCUCGUCACACUCCAAAAGGAGCAUAAUGUGUGAAAUAUGUAUUGAUGUGUCUGUAUCGUAAGGGUGUCCCUUGUGACCUGUGAACUUUAAGUGCAGUUAUCAGGAAAAUUCUGCUUCUCAAUAACUGGCUUUAGAUGGUAAAACUCUACGAGGCAAUCAUGUGUGGGGGUGUGUGUGUGUGAGAGAGAGAGAGUAAUUUAGUGGGGUAUUUAGACUACCAAGUAAUGUUAAUCUUAGAACUACAAGCCUUUCUGUUUGUUCAAGAACUUGUCUAUGCAAGCUCAUCUGCUGUUCCCUAUCUAUCUGUCUGUCUGUCUCAAAGAACACUGGGAUUAAUAAAUUACAAAUUUCCCUUUCUGUUGUU